AUGAUUUCCACCGACAUGUCGAUCUACCAACACAAUCCUUUCCCUAUCAUGAAUCUUCCCGUCGAACUACGCCUAAUGAUCUACGAGCGGCUGCCACGCCAGAUCAAACACACCGUGGUCUCCAUAGACGGAGAAGUGGCUGUCCUGGUCACAAAACAUCUGCCGACUGCCUUACUACGUACGAGCAAGCAAAUCUACCUCGAAGCCCACGCCAUCGUAAACAAGCUAGUCCGACAUUUCGUCGAAGAGUCACCAACAAAGCUCAUCGAGCUGGGCAAAGCUGGAACAAAGAUGAGACAGAGGAAGGUACUCGACUUUCUCAUGUCACAAAUCCCGCGCGAACGCAUAGCCGUCGAAGACGACGAGAAGUCCGACAUCCAAGCCAUUUCCCAGAGACUACCCAAGUCCAGUGGACUUCGACCCACCGAUCCCGCCAAGGCAUCCAACAUCGCUCGCUUCUUACAUCAAGCUGCUAGAGCUAGAUACCGUCCCGGUGACGACCGUUUCCACGACGCAGCCGGCGGGCUGUGGAACAACACUGUCGUAACCGUGUUCGUCACCCGCACACUUUACAAGAACGAAGAAGAGUUCCAAUGUUUCGCCGAGAUUAAUCACAGACACAUUCGACAUAUGUACCAUCAUGGGGAGAUGCCGCACUUUCCGCACGAUAUAUGGAUCCGAGAUGGUGGUAGCAUACAGGUCGAAGGAGAUGUUUCUCUGGAGAGGGUGAUUGAUAGUGUUCCGAUGUUAUGUCAGGAUGGCUAUGACGAUUGGGGUAAUGACACGGAUGUGGGAGAUUCGUGGGGGCCAGCGAUGAGAAGGGAGGAGUGGGAUGGGGAAUGGCUUCCUUCGUAG